AUGGCUCAGAUUCGAGGUAUGGUUCAUGACGAGGAGGACAAGAACGACACCGUGCCCCAAGCAGGACUACAGGAGGGUGUGUCGACGACACCGACGAUGGGGGCGAGUGCCAGUGCCGAGAAGCCGGCGACAGCUUCGGCUCCCGAAGCAGAUGGGGGAGCCAACCCUGACCAGGAGAAGCUGCCGACAGCUGCAGCUCCACAAGUAGCUGACCAGGUCCCAGAAGUGCCAGCCGCCGCACAAGCAGCCGGCCCAUCUGCGGACGAGGAGAUGCCAACUGCAACGGCCGCGGCAGCUGCAGCAGCCCCGCAGAAAGAGCAGGAGACGUCCGCGGCAGCGGCAGCUGUUAGCGAGGAGAAGAAGGUCCCAGAAGUGCCAGCCGCCGCGCAAGCAGCCGGCCCGCCUGCGGACGAGGAGAUGCCACCUGCAACGGCCGCAGCAGCUGCAGCAGACCCGCAGAAAGAUCAGGAGACGUCCGUGGCAGCGGCAGCUGUUAGCGAGGAGAAGAAGGUCCCAGAAGUGUCAGCCGCCGCGCAAGCAGCCGGCCCAUCUGCGGACGAGGAGAUGCCACCUGCAACGGCCGCGGCAGCUGCAGCAGCCCCGCAGAAAGAGCAGGAGACGUCCGCAGCAGCGGCAGUCGUUAGCGAGGAGAAGAAGGAGUCGGUACCAGCAGUGCCAGCCGCCGCACAAGCAACUGGCCCUUCUGCGGAGGAGAUGCCACCUGCAACGGCCGCAGCAGCUGCAGCAGCCCCGCAGAAAGAGCAGGAGCGGCCACUGGCGGCAGCGCCGCAGGCAGCCCGCCCUGCGGGCGAAGAGGGCCUCUUCUUCGUCGACGCGGCUGGCGAGGCUGCUGCCGCCGCCGAGGCCAGCAAGGAAACGCCGCCAACUCCUGCGCCGGCUCCAGCCGAAUCGGAAGAAAGCAAAGCGCCAGAAAAGGAGGCUGCUGAGGAAGCGACCUCUGCGAGCGUUCCCACCUGCACCCACUGUGGUCUGCCUGGGCACAGCAGCUCUGCCUGCCCCUUCGCGCACCCCGAGGACAUUGACCUGGGGGACAUAGAGGAGUCGGACUCCGAUGACGAGCUGAAUGACCUCUAUCCUCUCUUCAGCCGCUACGUGUCCCAGCACGUCGGGGCGCUCACGCCAAAGGAUAAGCGUGGGCUCACCGGCGGCGGGCGCUACUUUGGAAACGAAAAGCAGCAGGCCGCGUGUUGGGCUUGCGCCAAGACGGGCCACGAUGCCAACAGCUGCCCCGAUCGAGGAUGCUUCUUCUGCACGAAGAAGGGCCACGAGAGCCGGAGCUGCCCCCAGCGCUCGCUGAAGUGUGCCCACUGCGGGCUCCGCGGCCACGCGCCUGUGUCCUGCGCCACCUUAGCCGCGCAGCGGCUGAAGGACUUCAGCCAUGUCCGAUGCCUUCGCUGUGGCGGCACUGGCCACGCCAACUGCGGACCACCACCGAAAGCGCCGCACCAGCCGGCGGCGGUGACGCCGAUGCAAGCUGCCCACACGCAGGAGAUGUUGCGGCAAAUUGCCGCAGGCCGGGCGCGCGCCAAGGCCUUCAACACGGCGCCGUGGCGGAGGCCCGCAGCAACGGACGAGCCGCCGACUUCGAAGAUGAGACUUUCAGAGGCGCCAGUUCCGGAGCUGACUGUCUGCGACUAA